AUGAUUACAAGUCUUCCUGUCGAAGACGUCAUUAUUGAGGCCUACGGACCUGUUUUUAAUGGCCCUGGCGCCGAGAAACGUGAUACUCCUUUUGUUUUGCGGAAGCUUGAAGGGUCACAGCAGGACGCGAUUGAGCGUGCGAAAAAGUAUGCAAUGGAACAAAAUGUUAAAAUAGUUCUUCUCAAGCAAACGCAGCAGUCUCAAAGCUUGCAAAUGAAUGCUGCGCGUAGGAACCAAACACUCGCCUUGCUUAAUCGAAUCUAUAUCGGCUCAAUCGCCUACGACAUCAAGGAAGAGAUGAUUAAACAAGCAUUUCUUCCAUUUGGACCUGUUAAGAAUGUUAGUAUGAGUUGGGAUCCAGUUACACAGAAGCACAAGGGUUUCGCAUUUGUUGAGUUUGAGUAUCCAGAAGCAGCUCAGUUGGCGAUCGAACAAAUGAACGGUUCGAACUUUGGUGGUCGUCUUCUAAAAGUUGGUCGGCCAAGCAAUCUUCCAGAUGCUGCACCAUUUAUGGCCGAGUUAAUUCAUGAUUACAAACUUCAGAGUCGCAUAUACGUCUCUGGAGUGCACUUAGAUCUCUCUGAUUCUGAUAUUGCGCUAGUUUUCGAGGCUUUUGGAAAGAUUACCAUGUGCCGUUUGGCUCCGGACCCGCAUCGUCCAGGGUUUCAUCGAGGCUUCGGAUAUGUCGAGUUCGAGUCGGAACAGGCCGCGACGGCUGCGGUUAUGAGUAUGAACAGAUUUGACUUGGGUGGUCAGUUGUUGAGGGUCACCAAGGCCAUCUCACCACCUGAUGGAAUUAACACAAACCCUGUGAUUAGUCAACUGCCUGCAGCCACAGCGGUUGCGGCUGCCUCUGUCACCGCGAAGCUUCUUUCUAUGGAUGUAGAGCAGCUUCCUGAUGCUCGACCAGUCACAGAAGCGUCUGCGGUUUCUGCUACAAUCCCCGUCACUCCUAGGAGUUCUCGUGAUCGCCUAAGGUCACGUUCGAGGUCCCCUCGGUCCUCCCGUCACUUAAGGCACUCCCGUCGUCGACGUCGCUCCUCGUCUUCUGCAACCACCUCCUCCUCUCGCCAUAGACGACAACGCCGACGCUCACACGAGUCACGAUCUAGGCACACGCGCAGAUCUUCGCCACCCACUACCUCGUCCGCGGAGAAGUCGAAGCAGGAACAGACGUCGGCGGAUGAGGAGAAAACGAGGGACGGGACAAUGAAGGAGGGGGAGAAGAACUUCAAAGUAGGGACAGAAGAAGAAAAAAGCCAAUCACUGACGGUGCCCAAUAACAGCAAUUGGUCAUGUGUGUCAUUGGAGGAGGAGCAGGCGACUUCCUUCGUGAGAUCAAAUGAUAGUCGCCUCUAUAACAUUGCCUCGCCUUCCACCAUUCCUCUUCCGCCGUCUAACUGA